CCGAGAACAUCCUCUUCUCGAAGUCUCGAUUGAAGCAGCCAUGGAGGACACGAUGACCCAAGAAGCGGCGGCGGCUGCGCCGCCGGAGAGGCCCUCUUCGGCUUUCGUUUUGAGGAGCCUCCAGGACUACACCGUCGGGGCCAUCCCCACCCUCUUCUACGUCCCCGACUUCAUCUCCCAGUCCGAGCAGUCGCAGCUCCUCCACCACAUUUACCAAGCGCCGGCGCCCAAGUGGAAAUCCCUCAAGAACCGGAGGCUGCAGAACUGGGGAGGAGUGGUACAUGAGAAGGGGCUCCUGCCGCAGGCUUUACCUUCAUGGCUAACAAGGAUAACCGACAGAAUCUGGCAGUGGACUGGUUUAUUUCCUUCUGCAAUCAAUCAUGUGCUGAUAAACGAGUAUCAUCCUAAUCAAGGGAUCAUGCCACACCAAGAUGGUCCUGCCUACUACCCUGUUGUUGCUAUCAUAUCUCUUGCUUCGCCUGUUGUGAUAGAUUUCACACCCCAUAAAAGGCUUAAAGAGCAGGAGCAUACUGAUCCACAGAACAGACAGACCGAUGAGUUGCUGGGGCCUUCUAUGAUGGAGAGCAAUGGCUCUGGCUCACAUGAAUGCGGAACCUCAAAUGAAUCUGAUCCUGCAUCUUCGUCACUUAUGCUGAUGCCCUGCAGCCUGUUGAUAUUUAAAGAUCAGGCUUAUACAGACUACCUGCAUGGCAUACAAGAUAAUGAGCUGCAUAAUCUAGACAAGGUCGCGAAUUUGUCGCGGUGCCAAGAGUUGAGGCAUCUAAAUUCGGACUCCAUCCAAGGGACCAUGGAUGAACAGCAUGGCACCUUCCGCAGGACUGCCACAAGAGUCUCGCUAACAUGUCGGUUGGUGCUGAAAGUUCACAAGAAGCUAUUCAAAAUCUAGAAAUUCUGAUUAGACUUGUUUUAGAAUAGUACACCAUUAUGCCCUUGUAAGAUACAGAGACAUGUUAUGGGAGUUGUUUGGCAAUCAAUUCUUUUUUUUCCCCUUUUUUGCAAGAAACGAUUGCUUCAUUCAUUAAAGUCGAUCGGAUUACAAUCGUUUGAGUA